AUGUCAUCAUCAUCAUCAUCUAAUGAAGUAUUUACAAAUGAACUUAUUCGAAAACGUUUAAUACCUUAUCUUGAUAAAACACCGAAUUAUGUUGAUGAACUUUCUGAAAGUGUACCAAGAUUAAAACGAUCACGACGAGCAUCUGUUCUUGUUCCUCUUUAUUGUAAUCAAAUAACAAAUCGAGUAGAAGUUUUACUUAUGAAACGAUCAGAAAAAAUGCGAUCACAUACAGGAAUGAUUGCUUUUCCUGGUGGAAUGGCUGAUCCAACGGAUCGUGAUUCAAUUCAUACAGCUGAACGUGAAGCUGAAGAAGAAAUAGGUAUUGAACCACAUCAAUAUUCAAUAAUUGGUUGUCUUCUUCCAUUAACUGAUUCUCGUCUUGUUAUAAUAACACCUGUUGUUGCUUUACUUCAUUCACCAAAAUUUGUUGAUUUUCGUUUAUCACUUGAUGAAGCAUCAGAUGCAUUUUAUGUUGAUCUUGAACAAUUUCUUUUUGCAAAUGAAAAUUAUAAAAUGUUAGAAGUUGGAGAUGAUUUCGUAACACAUCAUUUUAAUAUUGGAAAAUAUCAUGUAUGGGGUGUUACUGCUUAUCAAUUAAUUUUAGCAGCAACAUUAAUUUAUCAACGUAUACCACAAUUUCCAGUGUUUCGUCAUGAACAAUAUUUAAAUUUAAAACAUAUAAAACAACAACAAAUGGAUUUUUUUCGAUUCUGUGUUGAUUAUCGAUAUAGAGACAAAACAAAAGAACUUGAUAAAGAAAAAAGUCGUUUAUGA